UCUGACAAGACCGUGCCUACAGGUCAAUAGCUAUAGAGGUUCUGAGGCCGGAUCUGGCCCGGGAAUGGCCCAGGAUAAUUCCGAGGUCCGGAACUGAGUAUUGGCCUGUAGUACACACUGGGAGUGGGACGUCGGUGAAGCUAUUAGCAACACCCUUCACACACUGUUGGUGUCCCCGGGAAUAUAAUGGCAAGAGUGCAAGAUUGGGAUGAGCAGCCUAAAUGGGGUUCC